AUGAAGAUCAACAUGGCCGAAGGGGAAUAUUUCAGUAUCGGAAGUACUGUUUCAUGUAUAACGUGUUACAAUCAAAACAUUCGCGGAGAAGUACUUGCUUUUGACCAUGGAUCAAAGAUGCUCGCAAUCAAAAGUGCUGCAGCUAGCGGUAAACAGAACAGUCACGACAUCAAACUUGUGAACUUAAACUUUGUGAGUGAUGUGAAAGUGUUGUCUGAAGCGACAGAAACAGCUCCUCCACCCACCAGCCUCAAUGUUCAAAAGAUAGCGCAGAGAAUACAUCGAAAUGUGGAGGAGAAGCAGAGGAAAGUGGACUAUAUAGGACAGGAUGUAUCACAGGAGGCCCAGAAAGUAUUUAAUGCCAUCACAAAAACGAUACAGGAUGUACGAUGGAUGGGUAAAAACAUUAAUGUAAUGGACCAAGUUUUAAUUUCCCACCCCUAUGGUGUGGAGCAUUGUGUUAUGUUGGAUAAAGGCACAGACCAAGCUCUGCAGCAUGUGAAGAAAAUAGUGGCCAGAUAUCAUGGAGAGAGCUCUGAAUCUCGUCAGGGAUAUGAUGGCAGAAAGUCUCUCUCCCCUUCUCCAGCUUCAUCAGCAUCCUCAUAACUUACCUCCCUUGAUGGAACUCUUCUCUUUCUGAUUUGAAAACAAGCAAAAGCUCCAACUUGUGGCAUUUUUCUAUGAAGUACAAAAUCAUCAUAAUAUUAUGAGGUGCAUCUUGCUGCUGAGGUAUUGCAGGGCUGGAGCCAUAAGACAUGAACUGGGUGCUGAUGAUUUUAUUGUACACAGACUUGGGCAAAGCACGACUAGGUGUUUCCUUGUCUGUAAUCAAAGUUUUACCUGAUCCAGUAUAAAAAAGACUGGGUGCUUAAAAAAAAAACAACAAGAACUUCUUGUGCCAUUGCUUCAGCUAAGAUUAAAGUGGCAGUGGCAGUUUUAUGGGUCACGAUAUCAAUGGUCGAUCUGAAAGGCUGUCAGAAUAUAGGCUGUAUUGUAUUUAACUGUGUAAUAAUAAGACGCUGUAGUGUUCAGGGGGAUUUCUCUGCUGAUCCAGCAAGGCUGGGAUGACAUAACGCUUCUCUACAGCGACUCUUGUGGUCAAAAUGAUCCUCGUGUAAAUGAAGGGUCUUGGUGACAAAUUACUAUUUGCUGGCACACUGUUAGGUACAAUUUUCCAUGAACACAACCAAAACAAAAGAAAAAAAAAUUCAGCAGCCUUACGUUUAAUGUCAUAGUUUGGGGAAUUAUUUGUGACUGAUCACUGUAACAAUACUGAGACUUCUUUUUUCUCUCGUUUAUUACCACAUAUGUGCUAAUAAGGAUUGAGAGGAGUUGAGUAUGGCAGUACAAGAGCUCAGAACUUAAAGGCUAGGUGGGUGGGGGUGGGGGUGGAGGUGGUCGAGCAAUAUAAGUUUUAUGACAGCCACAGGGGUGUGGCGGUUUUACCUCGUUAGCGGUUUACUGGAUUAAUAUAAAAGGAACUGGUGUUUUCCGUGCCAUCAUUUUAACAUUCACAACACAAGGAUAUGUAUCUCGCGUGGUCUGCUGCUAUUCUGUGAAACUUCUACAAGUGACAGUGUGCAAAGUCUUGAUUAAAACAAAUUUUAAACAAUGUAAGUUGCCAGUGAACUCCUGUCCCCCAGGUGCGCUGCUGAGGUAUGGGCAAGAAGGGGAGGUGCUCCAGGUGUUACCUUUUAAUCAUGGAUUCUUUAAAAAUAUUCCUCUUUGAAAUUCUUAUGACCCUGAUCACGGAAAAGCCUUAUUUAAUGACAAGAUAAGAAAAAUAAAAUGUUUAUUUGACAAA